AUAUUAUGCACACAAGGUGUUCAGGUAAAAACCUUCUGCAGUUUUAUUUGCUUGAAUAGUAUAAAAUUAAUGCUUAAUGCUUGUCUUAAAUGAAAUCUCAUUGCUUAAACCAAAAAAACCUAAUUACAGAUUUCUAGAUAGAUUUACGUUCUUUGUCUCGGCGAUGAAUUUCUAAUCAGAACUUCUAUUAACUGGGUGGCAGCACCGCAAACAGCUGGAGAGUGAAUGAACCAUAAAGCAACAUAGCGAUUGGGUGGAUUACCAAAACAAAACAAAAGAUUGCAUAAACUUAUUUGACUUUUGCAAAAAAUGUAACAUUUUCUCGCUUUGUUCGAAUAAAUAAAUAUGAACGCUGUUAUAGCCUUGUGCCACUUUUGUGAGGCACAUGGGCCUAGUGCUAUAUUUUGUACACAAACUCUACGGGAUACAAAAUUGGAAGAGGUACAGUUGGAUCAGCAGCAACUGGACAGCAAAAUGUGUUCCGCCUGCAAUUCACUUGGCCAAACUAAUGGCUUGUACAGUAAGGAUAAUGAAAGUGGAGCGACGUUUUUAAGCACACAAACUGCAGCAUUGCCUGACGUCCAGAUGUUGGUUAAGCAAGCAGCAGUGCGAAGCCUUAGCUGUGAGAUCAACUCCAAUAAAGAUGGGGGAUUUGUAUUCUUCGGUGACUCUGCAAGAGGGCAUGUACUGAGCCAUACAUUUCAAGUAAAUGAUCUGCAGGCUCGGGGCUUCUACCAACUAUUCUCCAUUAUUGUACUUAUGAAGGAUAAGUACUUCCUUCUUAAUACGAAACCUUUCCUUGCUGAACAUUUACGAAAAAUUUCAACAGACAUUCAAACAUCUGCCAAAAAAAUCAACGAUGAUACAAAAGAACUGCCUCGGCAACGUCGAUUGUCCAGUGCACAAGUUCUUGUGCAAACACCACGCUCUUUAGUAGAAUUAACUGGAGAAGAAAAUAUUUAUGCAUUUCUACAUUCACACUUUUCGUGGAUAUUAUUGGCUGGUUCGCGUUUCCUUACGGAACAUGUUACUUUUGGCAACCUACCGUGGUUGCCGCCUCAAAGUAGCGAUCGUCCGCCGCAACAGCGUCUUACAUAUAAUAUUACACUGCCAAUGAUACAAAAAUACGAAGAAACUAUUAAUGAUCCCGAAAGAGAAGAGUUUUAUUCACUACGACAUGUAAAGGAAAUUGUACGACGCGAAUUUAAUACGGUGAUGUAUUGUGCACUAACCGGCAUAAAGAUUAUUGUACGUGGGAGCUCAGAUCGUACGCUUAACUUCAUGCUCUGCUUAAAGAAGCUGCUACCAGAGCCAAUGCAUAAUCUCAUGCGCAUCGAUGCGCAACAUCAGCAUUCUAUCAGUUCUGACUAUAAAAUAAUAUCAGUGUCGAAUGAAAUUGCAGUUCCUAUUUCGAGCAGCUCAGUGUAUCGCAUAGAUUUUCUAGAUGAUUCAACAGAUGGGCAUAAAGUUUGCGUAAAAUGGCCAGGAGAAUUACCAAAAAAAUGGCCAGAUUUAAUGGUAAAAUUAAUGAAGGCUGUGGACGAAAAACGUUUUACCCCUUUGGUGUUAAAUAAACAAACAAAAGUCCUGAUAGAAGAGUGGAAAAACAAAGUUAUUUGCUUAAAUCGAGCUAAGUCGUCGAAUGGUCAGGGGAAACUUAGAAAAGUAUUAGGGGUGCAGCCGCAAGACCAGCCAUUAAUUAAUUACUGGAGUGGACAUUUGCAGUAAAAGGAUUCUAUAUACAUAUAAGCUUUAAAGUAAGAAUUUGAAUGAAUUAUAGAAUUAGAAAUAGAUUUGAUACGAUGAUGAUUUUGUAACUUCCUACAAAAAUGUAAAAACUCGAAUUGAAAUUAUUGUAAAUUCCAUAGAACACUUUGCGACAAAAUUAAAAAAAAAAAUUCAAAACACACGAAGCAAUCGAUAAACUCACGAAACUAUGGGCCAUUAUU